UGGGAACACGUUUUAUAACAAAAUAUGCAUAAAAGCAAGCAGCAGCACGCACACGUGCACAAGUUUCCUCAGCAAACAGCCUGACCAACAUACAACAUGAUUUGCCUGACGGGAGCGAUCGUUUUGCUUCUAGGAUUGACUGUAGAGGGAAGAAUUGGAGACUCAAAAAGUGAAUCCAGUUACUGCACAGAGACCAAGGAAUGUUUGCUGUUUGACUUGGUUUGUGAGGGAGACGGUUAUGAGGUGCGUCACUAUGAUGCUGCUAAAUGGGUGUCUACGGAGGAACAAUCCUAUUUUACGGAAGUGGCGAUUUCAAGAGCUUUCAAGAAACUCUACAAAUACAUCACCGGAGAAAAUGAGGCUGGUGCUAAGAUUAAUAUGACCGCUCCAGUGCUCAUUAAAGUGAAAGAAGAUGUGAGUAUCUGGGAUUCAUCAGUCUACGUUCUCAACUUCCUGCUUCCAUCUGACUUCCAGGCCAACCCACCAAAGCCUACUGAUCCAUCUGUAUAUUUCAUAGACACCCCUGAUAUGAAUGUAUACGUCAAGAGCUAUGGGGGCUGGAUGAUGUCAGUCGUAAGCAAAAUAAAGGCUCAGCAACUAAAGAAAUCAUUGGACAAAGUACAGGCAUCAUAUGAGACAGAGUAUCAUUAUGAUGUUGGCUAUAACAGCCCAAUGAAGAUUUUGAACAGACAUAAUGAGGCGUGGUAUAUUGUUAAGGGUGAGCCAGUCUGCCCCAAAACUGAGUAGUUAAAGUGACUCAUUUUCAAGUCUUUCAAAGAGCCACACAGAAAACAUCAAACCUAUAAUGUUAUAAGAUAAACAGCUUGUUUGAACUAUUUGCUUUUAUUAACUCCAAAAAAAAUUGCAUUUGUUUUUAAUAUACUGUACUGUGAAUAAAAUAAAACACAUACAAAUUAAUAAUGAAAAACA